AUUUCUGCUAAAAGAUUAUCAAGUUGCUUAAUCCUGAAUUAAGUACUUACAUAAUCAACCCUCUACCCAUUUCAUCAAAUUGCUAAGUCUAACUAUAGUCACCAAUGAAUUCAUCUGUUUCAACAGAGCCACUUAGCAAGAAUGCUCUUAAGAGAGUGAAGAAGGCAAAGGAGAAGGAGAAUAUGGAACAGGAAAAGAAGGCUGCAGCAGUAGUUAAAAGGCAAAUGGAGCAUCACAAUUUACCUGAGAAUGAUAAUUUGGAUCCUACUCAAUACUUGGCGAACAGAUUGAGGAACGUUGAGUCGUUGAGAGAAUCUGGAAUCAAUCCAUAUCCACAUAAAUUCUUCAUUACAAUGUCUGUGCCUGAAUUUAUCAGCAGAUAUGCUCAUCUAAAUGCUGGAGAGUUUCCUGAAGACAUUGACAUCUCCCUAGCAGGGAGAGUGACAAGUAAGCGAGCAUCAUCGUCAAAACUCUAUUUCUAUGAGCUGAUUGGUGGCGGAGCGAGAGUACAAGUACUGGCUAGUGCAAGGGAUUCUGAUAUAGAUGCUGUUCAGUUUUCUAACUAUCACUCUGGAGUGAAGCGAGGUGACAUCAUUGGAGUCCGCGGAUAUCCUGGAAAAAGUAAAAGAGGAGAGCUAAGUAUCUUUGCACAAUCUUUUAUAGUGCUAGCACCUUGUCUACACAUGUUACCAAGGCGUUUGACCUCCUCUGUCGUAGAUGAAACUCAGACACAGAGUUUCCAAGGAACAACAGCUAAUGAUGAUACUUGGACUCCAGGAGAUCCAAGAAAUCCUGAGUCAUAUGUGCUAAGGGAUCAGGAAAGUCGGUAUCGUCAACGGUACUUAGAUCUAAUGAUGAAUCCAGAGGUUCGAAAUUUGUUCAGGACUCGCGCUAGAAUCAUUUCUUACGUCAGGAGCUUCCUCGAUAAUCUUGAGUUUCUGGAGGUGGAGACUCCUUCUAUGAAUUUGACAGCUGGAGGAGCUUCAGCCAGACCAUUUGUUACUCACCAUAAUGAAUUGGACACAAAACUAUUCAUGCGUGUUUCCCCCGAGCUUUAUCUUAAGAAGUUGGUUGUUGGUGGAUUUGAUCGUGUUUAUGAGAUCGGGAAGCAAUUCAGGAAUGAAGGAAUGGAUUUAACUCACUCUCCUGAAUUCACAAUGUGUGAAUUUUAUAUGGCUUAUGGUGAUUACAACGACUUGAUGGAUUUGACAGAGCAGCUACUAUCAGGUAUGGUGAAGGAACUAACCGGAAGCCAUAAAAUAAGGUACCAUGCUAAUGGCUUGGAUAAUGAACCAAUAGAAAUUGAUUUCACUCCUCCAUUCAGAAAGAUUGAUAUGUUGUCGGAGUUAGAGAAAGUGGCUAACAUCAGUAUACCUAGAGAUCUUUCCAGUGAAGCUGCUAAUAAAUACUUGCUAGAUGUAUGUGAAGAGUUUGAUGUCAAAUGUCCUGCUCCUCAUACCACAACACGAUUGCUCGAUAAGCUAGUUGGUCAUUUUAUUGAAGUGAACUGCAUAAAUCCCACUUUUAUUAUUAACCAUCCUGUGAUCAUGAGCCCACUGGCAAAAUCACACAGAUCAGAACCUGGUUUGACUGAACGUUUCAACUUAUUUGUUAACAGACGAGAGCUAUGCGAUGCCUAUACUGAACUAAAUGAUCCUGCAGCACAGAGAGAACGUUUCGCUGAACAAUUAAAGGACCGACAAUUAGGAGACGACGAGGCAAUGGUUUUGGAUGAAUCCUUCAUUACUGCAUUGGAGUAUGGACUACCCCCUACUGGUGGACUAGGCAUGGGGAUUGAUAGACUUACAAUGUUGCUUACAGAUUCACAAAAUGUCAAGGAAGUUAUCCUCUUUCCAGCCAUGAGACCACAAUGAAAGAAUUUAUCAAGUGGCGCGAGCAAUUGCGUGUUCUCUCUCCAUUAUGAUCAAGUUGAUUGAGCAAUUCUACAUAAAACAUUCAUAAUAAGUUCCCAGAAUUUGUUUAGAAUUUUCAUUUAGUAGUAUCUCAAUGUAAAAAUGAACACAAUGUUAUCAUAUUGAAGAUUUACUUUUUGUUUCUGA